AUGCACGAGGAGAUGGGCUGGCGAUUCCAAAAAACAUACGAGGUUGGUGUAUCUUAUGGAAUUAUAAAAGAUGUGGACUUAGAUUUAAAUGAAAAAGAUAUGAUGGAAAAUAUGACAUGCGGAGUAGAAAUAGUUGCUGUAAAAAGGUUAAGUAGAAAAAGUUCGGAUGGAUCAGGAUGGCAGGAUAGUGAGACUGUGCGUAUAUGUUUCAAGGGCCCUAUUCUACCACCUUACGUAUAUAUUCAUGAAUUGCGAGUGAAGGUUGAACCUUACUUAUUUCCUGUUUCUAUAUGUGCCAACUGCUGGCGAUACGGCCAUACAAAGAAAACGUGUUCUAAGAAGUCUACUUGUCCUAAGUGCGGAGGCAAUCAUUUGAAUUGUGAAACAACUGUUUUCACAUGUCGUAAUUGCUCAGGUAGUCACAUGGCUCUCGAUAAAACGUGUCCGUUGUACCAAAAAGAAAGGAAAAUAAGGAAAAUUAUGGCUGAAUUUAACUGUACAUAUAAAAAAGCAUUAAAUAAAUAUGAACUAGAUUCUAGCAGCCCUCCAGCUCUAGCGGCAUCAAUGUAUCAGGAAAACUUUCCCCAGACGCUUAGUACAACUGAUACUCCAGUUACUGAAACUUCAACAUUGGAGUCUGUGAUAUGUGAACCGGCAUAUGCAAAGAUAGUCACGACCAAAGCUGUAGUUCACAGCGAAGUCCCAGGUAAGAAUAAUGUAUCUGUUACUCUCCCCAGAAAAACAAAUCGUACUAAAACUAAACAUAAUAAGCCCGAAUUGAGAGAAAAAGAUGACAUAGUAAAUGAUAAUCUGACUACUAUGGAUACCGAUGUCAACCAUGUUCUUCCUGAAACAUCUAACAAACCCAACGAAGUAAGUGGAAGUAAGUUGAAAUUCAGUUCAUUAAUUGAUAAGAUAAAAGAUAUUAUUUUCAUGAAAAACCUGACUAUCGCUGAAAAAAUUAAACUUGGAGUUCAAACUGGAGUAGAAUGGCUUUUAUCUUUUGUGAUGCAGAACAUACUUGACAUGUCAUUUUUAAAAUCUUUUUUUAACGCCACAGAUGGCUAGUAAACUUGAGAAGUGCAGACUUAACAUAUUGCAAUGGAACGCCCAAAGUAUCAGACCAAAGUUAGUAUCGUUUGAAAAUCUACUUAUCCAAGAAAAGAUCCAUAUAGCAGCGCUUAGCGAAACAUGGUUAGAUACGGACUGUUAUUUCCGUAUCAGCAAUUAUAAUAUAUAUAGAGCGGACAGGGUAGAUGGAUAUGGUGGAGUCGCAAUCCUGACGCAUAAAUCAAUCAAGUCUGAGCAUUGUCGUGUUCAACAUCCUAAUCCUGGUGUACAAGUGGUUUACGUAAAAGUGUUUAAUUGUGAUCAAAUAAAAAAUGUGAUUUCAGUUUAUUGUCCGUCUACUGUAGUGACAGAACAGAGUGAUUGGGAUUUCAUUUUUUCAAUCGUACAACAUAACGUGAUUAUUAUGGGUGACUUUAAUGGCCAUCACACCAAUUGGUCAUAUAAAACGGAUACUCGCGGCACUCAAAUAUAUGAUUCUCUAAUGGACUGUAAUUUAGUUUCACUUAAUGAUCACAGCCAUACAAGAGUGCGACUAGUCAAUGGAUCAUUACAGGAGUCGUCUCCAGACAUUUCUAUAGUAUCUACUGAUAUUUAUUUUACUAUUAAUUGGAAUGUUAUGAAAGAAUCAUUAGGUAGCGAUCAUCUUAUUAUAAAAAUUUCUACAUGUUUCAAUUCUUGUGUUGAGUCUAUAUCAAGGAGAAACUAUAAAGGAGCUCAAUGGAAUGAGUACAGAGUGUAUUUAGAAAAUAAGUUUACUGAGUUUUCUUUGCCUGAGGAUCCUCAAGAAUCUUAUAAUGGUUUUCUAAGUAUUGUAAAUGAAGCUGCCAAUCUUUACAUACCAUGUAUUAAAUUUAACAAUAACCCAGCAAAAAAAUUCCAACCAAAACCAUAUUGGAAUCAAGCUCUAUCCAAAGCCGUUGCCGAAAGGCGUUUAGCUCUCUCAUUAUUCAGACGGAACCCUACACCACAGAAUCUUGAGGAACUUCAGACUAAGAUUAGAGACGCUCAGAGACUCAUCAGAACUCGUAGAAAUGAAAGUUGGCAACAAUUUUGCAAUUCUAUAAGCGAGUCCUCAUCAGCCUCUGAAGUUUGGUCUCGAAUGAAAUGGGUAA